AUGUCGUCUAUUGAUCUUGAAUCGUUGUCGGAGGCCGCCUCUGGGGCCGUUGGUGCACUGGUUAGUACCACUUUGUUGUACCCUCUUGAUACCUGCAAGGCUAAGUUCCAGGCUGAGCUUCGUUCCCAUGGUCAACGCAGAUACAGAUAUCUUUCAGAUGUGUUGUUUGAGGCAAUGUCGAAAGGGCAAAUCCUUUCACUGUACCAGGGGCUUGGCACUAAGAACUUGCAGUCUUUCAUUGCUCAGUUCGUAUAUUUUUAUGGAUAUAGCUAUUUUAAGAGACUUUACUUGGAAACGACGGGUUACAAAUCAAUUGGUACAAAAGCCAACUUAGUUCUUGCUGCUGGUGCUGGGGCAUGUACUGCAAUUGCAACACAACCCCUAGAUACAGCUUCUUCAAGGAUGCAGACAAGUGCAUUUGGGAAGUCAAAAGGCUUAUGGAAGACCCUUACAGAAGGCAGUUGGAGUGAUGCAUUUGAUGGCCUUGGGAUUUCUCUUCUAUUGACUUCCAAUCCAGCCAUUCAGUAUACAGUUUUUGAUCAGCUGAAACAAAGAAUGUUGAAGAGUAAGCAAGACCAAAAUGGGAAAGGAUCCCAAGAAGCUCUUUCAGCUUUCUCUGCCUUUCUCUUGGGUGCCCUCUCAAAGAGUAUUGCCACAGUACUGACUUAUCCUGCAAUAAGGUGUAAAGUCAUGAUUCAAGCUGCAGACCCAACUGAUGAGGCGGAUAAGAAAGCCAAAGCGGAUGAUAAACCCAAACUAAGACCCCAGAAGACAGUGCCCAAGGUUCUUUAUGCCAUCUGGAAAAAAGAAGGGGUACCGGGAUUCUUCAAGGGAAUAGAAGCUCAAAUCUUGAAAACUGUGCUGAGCUCGGCAUUGCUUUUGAUGAUCAAGGAAAAGAUCUCGGCGACUACUUGGGUCCUCAUACUUGCUAUGAGAAGGAUCUUGGUGGUUAAUCAGGGAAGGUUGAAGAAACCUUAA